AUUGGCUAAAGAAACCCGUUUAACCAGCUAAACCUAAAUAACCACAGGUUCUCUUUUGCCUGUUUUCCCCUUGUUAUGGACUCUCUUUUUGCUUUCUCUCCUAGUGGCUUCUCUUUUCAUCUUCCUGUCUGCUGUUUCAAUGAAUGGUCAAACAUUUGAGUAGUUAAACUGUGCUAUAUUCAACGGUAACAAUGACUUCAUCUCGUCUACAGCAAUUUAUAUUAAUUUCAUGUUCCAUUUGUACAUUAAUUUCUACCGGAUCAUCUCAAGAUACUUCGGAGUCAAAUAAUGAUACUUCUUCAACCGUCAACUCAUCAGUUGAUCACAUUACCUUGAGAUCGGUUAUCGUUAUUACCAAUGAAGGUCUUGCGACCCCGCAAUCGACCUUUUCUUUCAUUGAUCCUCAACUGAGACCUGAAUUUUGGCCAGAAGGUCAACCAGUAUUGACUAAUCUUGGUAAACAUCAACUUAAUCAAAUGGGAGAAUCGCUUCGUAGAAGAUAUUCAAGUUUUCUAACCGACAGUCCUAGAGAAGUUUAUGCUCGAAGUGCUGAUGAAGAUAGUAAUAUUGAAACUGCCUUAGUGCUGCUUAAUGGCGCUUACAAAGCUCAUGGUAGAUGGAGAUAUGGUAACUCUGAUUAUCUACCGAUUCCUGUCCACACUGUUCCUACACCUGAUGACUGUAUGCUGUCAAUUCAUUGUAACUGUCCAAGGAGAAAGCAAGCUUGGGAUGAUCUUUUGAAUUCACCUGAAAUUGAGAAAUACAAAAAAGACUUCGAAUCAGUAUUAAAAUUGGUCGAGACUAAAACAAGGUUGACGUCACUUUACUCGCAAAUUGACUAUGUUGAGACAGCUUUGCUUCAAGUUUAUCAAAAAACGCCUGUUCCUUCUUGGAUAACACCAGGAGUAACUGACGAUCUUAAAGAUUUAGCAAAUGAAUUUCAUUCAAUGGCUGUUGCUUAUCCUGCCAUGUUGAAAUUAUAUGUUGGAGAGCUUUAUGAUGAAUUAGUAAAAAAACUCAAAGCAGCAACAAACACCAACAAUCGAAGGGAUACAAGUCAAAAGCCAAAGUUUCUGGUUUAUUCAACCUUUACACCUCAAAUGUCAUCUGUUGCUUACGAUUUAGCCGAUAUCAAUGGUGAAAUUCCUCAUCCAGCAACUUCUUUCAUUAUUGAGUUAUUUGAGGCACCAGGAUCUUCAUUUUUCGUUAAAUUAUACUAUUGGCAAUUCCCUAUUUCUCGUGAGCCCGAGUUAGUUUAUGCAAAUUUCACUCACUCUUCCUCUUCGCCAUCAACAUCUUCAGUACCACUAAAUGAUCUCUUAACACACUUGCAAAGUUUCACUGAGUCGGAUUGGAAAGCUUAUUGUGGUCUUGGUGAUUCCGUUGAUUCUGGUCUUGACACGCUUUCGGUGGUUCUCAUAAUAAUCCUUUGCGUUGUUUUUGCAAGUGUUGCCUUCACUGUUUUCAUGAUUGUUAAACGAUCUCGGUCAGGUUAUGUUAUUUUCAAAUAGCUUGUUUUUAUCGAAAGAAACUGAAAAUUGAUUGAAAACGAUCCAAAUGGUUCAAAAUGACCAAAAUUAGUUUAGUUGACUUCGAAGAUGGAAUAAGUUAAUAUUGUAUGAUCAUAAAAUGAUAAAAUUAUUUUGAUUAACUGAUGAACACAUGAAAAUAUUUAUCUCACAGAGAGUUUCUUUACUUUUUAGUGUUCUUCAAUUGAAUUAAUAAAUUUUUUACAAGAUU